AUGGCUUCUAGCUCACUCUUUCAACCUAGCAAAGUCGGGGAUAUAACACUCGGACACCGCGUCGUCCUCGCGCCUCUCACUCGUUGUCGUGCAAACAGCGCGCACGUCCAUGGCGAUCUCGCGGUAGAAUACUAUGCUCAGCGCGCGUCCGUACCGGGAACACUGCUUAUCGCGGAGGGUACCUUCAUUGCUCCGCACGCCGGUGGGCUACAUCUAGGUCCCAACGUUCCUGGUAUCUGGAACGAGGAGCAGAUUGCGGCGUGGAAACGGGUCGUAGACGCGGUACACGCGCGAGGGUCCUUCAUCUACCUGCAACUUUGGGCGUUGGGCCGCGCAGCCGACGUUGACCAGCUGGAAGCGGAGAACCCAGACUUCCCGCACGUUGGACCUUCUGCGAUUCCUCUCAAGGAUAGCAAGGGUACUCUACGCGAUCUGACGACUUCUGAGAUCAACGAGUAUGUCGAGUGGUAUGGCAAGGCCGCAUUCAAUGCUGUUCACGGCGCUGGGUUCGAUGGCGUCGAGAUUCACGGAGCGAACGGGUACCUCGUCGACCAGUUCAUCCAAGACGUUUCGAAUCAGCGCACAGACGAGUACGGGGGGUCCAUCGAGAAUCGUGUUCGUUUUGCGCUCGAGGUUGUCGGUGCGGUAGUCAAGGCUGUGGGCGCGACGAAAUCAGCUAUCCGCCUCAGCCCAUGGUCCGAAUUCCUGGAUAUGCGCAUGGAAGAUCCAAUCCCGACGUUCUCUUACCUAGUCGCGCGGCUUCGAGAGCAGUACCCGGAUCUUGCGUACAUCCACGUCGUGGAACCUGGAGUCCUGGGAUUCAUAGAUGUCGAACAGCGAAAGGAGGAGUCGAACGACUUCAUACGGGACAUCUGGCUGCCUCGUCCCCUCAUCAGCGCUGGGCGGUACGACAGGGAUACCGCGAUCGCGCGUGCAGACAAAACCGGGGAGCUAAUCGCCUUCGGUCGAAGAUUUAUUGCCAACCCUGACUUACCACGGCGUCUGCUCAAGAACAUCCCAUUAGCGCUUUGGGAUCGCCAGUUGUUCUACUUGCCUGAGGAGCCUCAUGGAUACAUCGACUAUCCCUUCGCAGAGGACGAGGGAAAGCUGGAGACUGCCGGGGCUCACCUGUGA